AGCAGCUAUGGGCCAGAAUAUGAACACCUUUUCCACUGGUUGAUAGCAGUGGCUCACACGGCUCUGAAGAACCCUAAGAAGCAGCCUGGAGGGGAACGCUCAGUAGAACCACCAUGGAGACCGUUAGGAUAGCCCUACUUGUCUUCCUUCUAACCUCGCUCCAGCUCCUCACAACAGCACAACAAUCAACAACAGACAAACCAGAUUUGGAAACUACGACACCCGUCACGGCUGUUCCUCUUUCCACUGAAAACAACCUUGGUGCAAAUGUUUCUACAACCAGUGUGAACCAAACCAACUGGCAGAAUUCUACCUCAGCACCUGCUACAUCAACAGUAACAGAAAAUACAAAGAUUUCAUCCUCACCCCUAGCCACAGUGAAUUCCACAUCUCCAAAUACUAAGGAUAAUGGAACACAAGGGACCCAGGCCCCAACAACUGUUACCAAGAGUGACCCACUAAACCAAACUACCAUUUCUCACCUUACCAAAAAGCUCGCAGGUUCAGAGGAUGAAAAUACAGGUCAAGAUAGAGUCAAGGACAAGAAGAAUAUGGGUCAAGAUGCCGGUCAACAGGCUGGAGGUGAAGAGACGGAAACUCCUAAAUCAGAUAAGAACCUGCUGUGGAUUAUUUUGCCAGUCCUGGCAGUUGUGGGGGCUGCUGUCGUGUUCCUUCUGAAAAGUAAAUGCAUGAAGGACCACGAUCACACAGAGAUAACUGAUAAUGGAACAGAAAAUGCUUCUUUCCAGAGCAGGCCGGACAACGCCAAAGACGGUGUCAUGCUUCUCGGGGUGAAGUCUUCAGGCGGUGAAGACAAUGCUGCUGCAAGAUAAAAGGGAGGCCAUCCCAUUCGAAACGGCCAAUGGAUGAGGACGAGCUCUUACAACCCAAAAAAUGGUCCAUAUCCCUUCACCUUCAACGAUCUAAACCUUAUGGACUAUCAAAUACGGCGUCACAGAAUCCCAAAAGUUACUAAAGUGGUAACAUUUGUAUAUGGUUUGUGAGUAUUGUAGGAUAUGGGGCUCUUAACCGAACACCUGUCUGUUAGAAGAUAUAGCAUGUUUUAUUAUGUACUUCAUUGUUUUGUGUAUUCCUAUUUUGAUGGUAAUUUAGUCAAGAAGGAAUUGUGAUUUUAAUUUAAUCAAGACCAACAUCCAGCCAUUUCAGUCAGGAAAAUGAUGCUGGAUUCUGAAUUAAUAUGAAUAAAUUAACCCAAAUUCUUAUUGUCUGAGUGUAAGAUGGUUGUUAGUCUCACCCCUGUAUUCAAGAUACUGGUUUUGAUUUGAUUAAGUCACCCAAACAUGCAUGAAAUCCAAAUGUACUGAACCUGAAUUCAACACACAAUUCCUCGAUUUAAACCAGUUAGUGACCAGUACACAUGGUUAACAAGUGUUUGUAGGCUUUAAAUCUGUUCAAAAUAAUGAUUUAGUUUUCAGUGUAAAUGCCAGGAUUGUAAAGAUGAGCUCUUUUACCAGUAAGUUUUCAGUUAUUUUGUAUAUUAGCUGUUGCCUGUCAGAACUUUUGUCAAAUGUUUCCCAAGGAGGGUUGGGUUUGUUUAAAUCACAGAUGUUUGUUUUACAACAUUUGGGGUGAAAGCAAAUAAACUAAAUGUGUUUAUUUUGUGUAAAGGAGAAAUCCAUAAGAUGUCCCUCUGGUCAAAGAUUAUUUGAAUUUCUCAAAUACAGAACAGCACUGUUUUACUGA